AUGCGGCUCUCACCGCGACGUCACGAAUUCAUUUGUGUCUUCUUACUGGGGGCCGGAACCCUAUUCCUUUAUCUUAGUUAUAGCGUGCAAGCCUUCAUAGGUGAAAAUGUCAUUCACACGAUCAGUGAGCGAUAUCCAGGAAGAAUUUUCAGGCUGGCCGGAUAUUAUGGGCAGGCGAUUCACUACACAGCUUUUGCAAUUUCGUCCCUCAUCACUCCAUCUAUACAGACUUAUGUACGUUCGAAAUGGAUUCUUGCCAUGGGCAGCUUACUCUUCGCCCUUUAUUAUGUGGGAUUCGUCCAAGUGAACUCUAUCUACUUCUUCAUUUCACAAGCUCUUAUGGGCAUCGGUUACUCGUUUUAUAACAAUGGUGAAGGUGCGUACCUCUCUGAGCAUUCUUCAAGUGAAACCGUCGAAUCAAAUACCGGCAUCGAGACAGCAGUCGGUCAUAGCAGUAUGUUCGUUGGUGGUGGUGCGUUGGCACUCAUAUUCUACUUGAUCUCACCUUCCAAAUCAUCGGGCGAAAUCGCCACUCAGUCCUACACAGACACACAAAUCCGCUUAAUUUAUGGCACACUACUCGGCUUGAACAUGAUGUCUUUUGUGAUAUUUGCUUGCCUACCAACAAAGGAGUAUGACAGUAUCGCUUCAACAUCACCAACAGUUAUUCCCAGCCUCAGAAAACAGUUUGGUAAGUUCCCGUCAACGUUCACUUUUGUUUCCACGAAACGACAGAGUUACUGGCAGGGUGAAGUUUGCCUGCUUGAAUCGUCAGCACGUAAAUUCAAAUCAGCCAUGAAGGAAGUAAAUAUGCUGUUGUUGUUGCCAUUUUUCGGCUAUAUGGGCCUGAUCGUCUCAUUCCUCAUCGGUGUCUAUCCCACCACCUUGGCCUUCACGGAGUCACUGAAGAGUGACGUCUACAUUGUCGCUCUCUAUAGUGUCGGUGCCGGAACUGCUGAAAUUUUCGGUGGCGUCGUGUUGCGGCGUAUCCUUUUAAAAUUUAAGGACUGGGGACUCGUAAUGAUGAUCAGUACCCAUUUCCUGGCAGUGUCAACAGCACUUAUACUAGUUCUUCUGUCUGUACCCGAAAUGGCCACAAUCCAGCCAACCAAUGAGCCGACUCUGCUCAUCAAACCAAGCAGAGUGAUUGUUGUAAUUAUCGGAUUUCUGCUUGGCAUGGGCGAUUUUACGAUUACCACAGGUCGAGCAGUGAUCUGCCAGGUAGCCGUACCUAAAGCUCGGAUGCAGGUAUUCUCCAUGAGUCGACUUUAUCAGGUCAGCUGUGACGAUCAAGCAGCUUUGUUUUUUCCCUGUCUGAGUACCUUCGAUCUAUGUGUGUUGGCAUGCGCCUUUCUCUUUCUUACGCCUUAUAUGAAAACCACCUAUUGGGUCAUCGUCCUUGGCUUCUUUCUCAUCACUGGAUCGACAACAUUUGGCAUCGUUGCAAAACGAACCGCUCAUUUACGAAGAAAUGUUGUCAGUCCCUGUGAGGACGCAAAGUCCAAAGACCGAGGUGAAACCGCCGACGCAUAA